AUGGCGACAGAGCUGCCAGGCGCCGUGGACAGCGAGGACCGCGAAAUCAUAGCGAAGUUAGCGAAGCUUCAAAACAUGUACUCGCAAAUUGGCGGCCUUCGGUCCCUAUUGCCCGACAAGUUGAUCAACCCAGCGCGUGUGGCAUUGGAGAACCCCGGGGGUUAUCAGCCCGAGAAGCUUGCCACCUACCUGCAGACGGCGGCCAAGGCAGGGAGUCAAGACGUUGAGCAAUUCAAGAAGGAAUGGCACGGUGAAGAUGUACGCCAGUUGUGGCACGUCGUCAAUGCGAAUGACCUCCCACAGGGUGGGGAUGCAUGGCCCUUGGACUACGGCGCUCUUCUCCAGGACGCUGCCACAAACGACCGAACGUCCAUCACUGCGAGCGACCCUAGUCGCGAGUUUCCGCCCCCAAAUGAGCCCGAAAUCAUGCAGGUGGUGGACGACUUCUGUGCAAGGCAUCCAGAGUUGAGGAUACACGUGUCAGACGGAGCAACCCCAUUGCCUAUUGAUAUCCAAGUUGGAAAACUUGAUUUCCGCCUCGAACAGAGACACUCCGCUGGUGCCACCAAGUACAUUGUCGUCGGAAAGCCUGGCACGGAAACAUCCAGUCUACGUCAUAACGUUCUUCAGAGCAUCUCGGAAUCGCAAAAGGGAGCAGGGCUCGCAACUCUUCUGGAGAUGAUCUCCUCGUAUCGAGAUAUCAAUACUAAGCCGUGCGAGAAAUGCCACAAACUCUUCGACAGCAAGACAAUGCAGUUACCCUUGAUCCGACAGUCGAUAACACCACAGGAGGGCGAAGUCCCUCAGUUCCUGGCCCUCCAUCGAGACUGCAAGUGA